AUGAUGCCUGUCCACGGUCCGUUGAUGACGCCAGACAUCCGCGAGGUUAGCAAUGCUCAGGUGACGACGAAGCGCCUGAAGGUUGAGCAACGCCUGAUCAGCCAGCGCCACGAGUUGCCAUACUUGGGCGCCUGGGACGCGGUAGCGCCCUUCAUUCGCCGCCUGCCGCCAACUCAGUUAUUCGCGACGAGUUCGCGUCUAUUGUACGGGCUUCGCGCAGGACGGCGGAAGAAAGUGGAGGGGGAGGGGCACGGCGUCGGUGGGGCCUGCGACAGACUCGCGACGCUGUCCACGACGACGCUGCAAGAAAAGCAUUUGCUUCCGAAUUGGAUCGCGCUACAAUUGGCAAUGGCCAACCGGUCGGAAGACGUCGGCAAACGCCGUGACUCACAAGGAUUCUCCCGUCACGCUUCUACGAUGUCCUCUGAACGCCUGUGCAGCUCACCAGCAAAGCACGAGGGACACGAUGCCUCGUUCUGCAUCGGGUGCACCGUGGUCGAUGGGCUGCGAUCCGCUGUGCACACAGGGGGGGACGACGAAAGGCGGGGGCGCUCGCUGCUCACGAUCGUUCGUGAUGGCAGAAAUCAGAUGCCUUGGCUCUCCGUCCGACCCAGUCCGAGCGCCGCUCCCGAACGGCUAUGUUGCGCGGCCCCUGCGCCUGUGUAA